AUGUCCAACAGCGAUAAAAAACAAUCCGGUAGAGCUCGUCUUUUAGGUUCUGCUUCUGCAGGUAUAUUGGAAAUUGGUGUUUUCCAUCCAGUAGACACGAUUUCCAAAAGAUUAAUGUCAAACCAUACUAAAAUCUUAAAUGCUUCUCAAUUAAAUUCUGUCAUUUUCCGUGAUGCAGCAGAAUACUCAAUUGGUAAAAGACUAUUAUCUUUAUUUCCAGGUCUGGGAUAUGCAGCAUGCUAUAAGGUUUUACAACGUGUGUAUAAAUAUGGUGGUCAACCAUUUGCUAAUGAAUUCUUAAAUAAACAUUUUAAGAAAGAUUUUGAUUUAGCAUUCGGCGAAAAAACUGGUAAAGCAAUGAGAUCUGCUACUGCAGGUUCCAUGAUUGGUAUCGGUGAAAUUAUCUUAUUACCCUUAGACGUCUUGAAAAUCAAAAGACAAACUAAUCCAGAAGCCUUUAAGGGUAGAGGUUUUAUUAAAAUUUUAAAGGAUGAAGGUAUUUUCAAUCUAUACAGAGGUUGGGGUUGGACUGCUGCUAGAAAUGCACCAGGUUCUUUUGCUCUAUUCGGUGGUAACGCUUUUGCUAAAGAAUACAUUUUAAGCUUACAAGAUUAUUCUCAAGCUACUUGGGGUCAAAAUUUCAUUUCUUCUAUUGUUGGUGCCUCUGCAUCUCUAAUUGUUUCUGCUCCAUUAGAUGUUAUUAAGACUAGAAUUCAAAAUAGACAUUUUGAUAACCCAGAGAGUGGGUUCACCAUCGUUAAAAACACUUUAAAGAAUGAAGGUAUCACUGCAUUUUUCAAAGGGUUAACACCAAAAUUAUUGACUACUGGUCCUAAAUUAGUCUUUUCAUUUGCAUUGGCACAAUCACUAAUUCCAAAAUUCGAUGCCUUACUAACAGGUAAAUCCAAUUAG